AUGGCGGACAUCUUCACUCAGCACAGGCCACUCAUUAAGCGCCUAUACCAGGAGGAAAGAAAAUCGUUGAAGCAAUUGAAGGAAAUUUUAGAGAGUGAAUACCAGUUCCCGGAAUCAUCGCUCUCCGUCUACGAGACAAGACUGAGGGAUCUCCUGGGAGUACGAAAGAAGCUCAAAAGAGAAGACUGGUCAAUUAUUUAUCAGCACUAUCUAAAUAGAAAUAAGAGAAGUAGUGCUCUCUAUUUGGACGGGGUGAAAAUCCCAUGGAAGAAAGCCUGGAAAGAAAUCAGGCGUUCUGGUGCAAGGAAGGCGACCGUUGGUGAGUUCAUGGACUGA